AUGAUCCCAGAUGCAGAUGAAUUUUUUUCUUAUCAUACAUAGUAAGAACUUAACGUUCUUGAUCGAAGACUCGGAUACGUUUUUUAUACAGCAUUCUUCUUUAUCUUUGUCUAUAUAGUCAUUUAUACAUUUGGUAUUCAAAAGCAAUAUUUAGUAAGAAUUUAAAAAGAAGGUUUUAUGUAUUUAAAAGCAUCAGGGGAGGCAUAUUCCACUAUAGAUGAAGUAAAUUACAGCUGGGACCCAAGUAAUCUUCUUUUUAUGUCAAUAGAGGAUUAAUCUAUAUUUAUACCAACUAAAUUAAUUAUUGAAAGAGGUCAAGAGAUCGGAGAAUGCCAAAAUGAAAAACUUCCUUGCAGAAAGGAUGCUGAUUGUACUAGGUAGAAGUAUCCAGAGAUAAAUAUCUAGGAAUCAUAGUGUCUGUCUUCAACUUUAAAUACCAAUAAGAAGUAUUGUACAAUGAAACAAUGGUGCUUACCAAAGGAUAUAAAGCCAGAAGUUCAUAUACUGCAGAAUGUAGAGCAUUUUAACCUCAUUAUGGAUAGCUAUCUUUAAUUUAAUGAUGAAAUCAUAAGAUCACAAAGUUCAGACGGCAAAUAAAUAGAGUAUCCACACUCUAAUCCCACUUAGUUCAAAUUGAAUGAUCUUAUUUAGAUCUCAGGUGUUACUAACUUUGAUAAAGUAAGAGAAAAAGGAGCUGUACUCAUUACAACUAUUAUAUGGAGAUGUACAGAAGAAACUGGAUGUUCUAGAGGUAUUGAAGUUACUAGAAUGGACUAAAGUGAGGCCGGCUUCUUUGAAUAAAAAACUCAAUAUUAUGUAGAGAAUGGACGACAAAAAAGAAUUUUGACAAAGGCUAAUGGUAUCAGGAUAUUCACAGGAGCUAGAGGAUAUGUGAUGGAAUGGAGUUUGAUAAAUAUUGUACUACAAAUAUCAAGUGCUAUUGGACUUUUAAUUGCUAGCAGAUCACUUACGGAUUUCGUUAUGUUGAACCUUUUCCGAGAAAAAAAUCAUUACGCCAAUAUGAAAUUUUUCAAAACUGAAAAGCUAUGA